AUGUCUCCGUCAUUUAUCGAAUCCAACACGACCGGCUCUGACCCCCGGGCACAGAAAGGAUCAACCAAUAUAUCGACAAUUCAAUCCCUUGACAUCGAACAGUUCGCGCCAGGAGUCUUCGAAAAGCGUUGGCUGAACAUUUCUACUUCUGCACUCGGACCAGUCAAUGUUCCUGUUUUCGCCUAUCGGGGUUCUGCCCCUGGCCCGACCGUAGGAAUCAUUGGCGCCAUUCAUGGCAACGAGGUGAAUGGGAUACCAGUGAUUCAACAGGUAUUUGCGCGGCUAGAGGAAAAGAUUCGAAGCGAAUUUGCAAGUGAGACAAUAGCGGGGACUCUUAUUGGAAUCCCUGUACUCAAUGUACCGGGAUUCUUGGAUUCUGUCCGUUCUUUUGAUGGGCACGACCUCAAUCGACUCAUGCCCGGAAAAUCCAACGGAGCCGCUCCGCAACAAUAUGCAUACAGGGUCUUCCAAGAGAUUGUCAUGAAGUUGGACUAUGUAUUCGACCUGCACACAGCAUCUGCUGGUCGGCAGAACUCUUUGUAUGUUCGCGCUGAUAUGAACGAUGAUAAUAUCAAAAAAUUGGCGACCGAUUUGAGCCCUCAGAUAAUUGUGCACAACUCGAGCCCGGGGGGUUCACUCCGUGGGUGUGCCCAGCAGAAUGGAAUUAAAGCAUUGACAGUUGAGAUUGGAAAUCCCAGCACCUUCCAGCACAAUCUUAUAACGAGGACCGUCAACGGCAUUUGCAAUGCUCUGACAUUUCAACUGGGAUAUCCGCCAUUGUCUAAUCAAUAUGCUAUCCAAAUGCAGCAACAGAGUCCAGUCAUUUGCUGCCGAAGUUAUUGGCUAUUCUCGCAAGCCGCAGGAAUUCUUCAAGUCUACAAGAAAUUAGCGGAGCCUGUAACAAGAGGAGAGGUUAUAGCAGAAAUACACUCUGUAUUUGGGGAAUUGCUCCAGCGGAUUUUUGCUCCUGAUGACCAUGAUACAGUAGUUGUCGGCCUAGAGUCCAACCCCGUCGCUAAAGUUGGAAAUCGAACUGUCCACCUUGGCGUUAUUGGGAAUGGAUUUCUUGAUGGAGUGAAUGAUGGCCAUCUCUAG